AUGAGAUUCCUGGAUGGCUGGGGCCAAGCUGUGGCACUUAAUCACCAAAAACAAGAAAAUCCUGAUCUUCAGACAAGCAUUCAGCCUUUACAUCUUUUGGUCUUCAUGGCUACCAUGGCAGAACAUACAUCCAAUUGUUGUAUUGAUGAUGUCAUUCAUGACAAAAUAAGGACAUUGGAAGAGUCAUACCUGUAGGUUCAGUUCUGUACAACACAGUGCGGAGGAAAGAUGUUUUUUAGUAAACUGUGCUUAUUUUCUUUCCUCCCACCAUUGGAAGUUAAAACUAAGUUUUAUAAUUCAGAGAUGAGUGACUUAUUUCUUGAAGUCCAAAUUCAGAAUGUUUCAUCUUCAACUGUCUUUAUACAAAAGGUUUCUUUAAAACCACCUGAAAUGUACACUGGGGCAGAAUUAAAUACAGUCAAUUGGGCUGGUGAAGAUGAGUGUACCUUUGGAACAAGAACAUUUUUGCAGUCAAUGGAAGGACGCCAGUAUUUAUACUACCUUAAGCUUAAACCAGAAUUUUCAGAGAAAGCUGGUAUCAUUAGGGGCCUAACAGAAAUGGGAACAUUGGAUAUAGUGUGGAAGAGAAAUCUAGGUGAAAUGGCAAUGCUACAGACAAUCCAGCUUGAAAGAAAGGCUCCACGUUACGGAAACAUGAGGCUGUCUUUGGAAACAAUCCCAGAUACUGUAAUUCUAGAAGAGCCUUUUCAUAUUAUCUGUAAGAUAACAAACUGCAGUAAUAGGAAAAUGAAAUUGGUUUUGAGGAUGUGUGAUACAGAUUCUAUUCGUUGGUGUGGAAGUUCAGGAAAGUAUCUUGGAAAGCUGCCCCCAAGUUCAUCUCUCUGCUUCACCCUGACACUACUGUCCUUAAAACUGGGCCUGCAAGUUGUCUCUGGCCUACAGAUAACAGACAAAGUAUUAAAAAAAACAUAUGUCUGUGAUGACCUUGCAAAGGUCUAUGUAAUACCUUCCAUAGUUAACAUGAGAAACUGA